GCCAAUUUAGGCAACAGACUUUAUAGUUCAGUGUGUGUGUGUGUGUGUUGGUGCUUGUUUGUUUAUUGGCGCGUGCGCAUGCGCAGCGAGUGAAAGUGCAAUGAGCAACUGCAUCAUAAAUUGCAAUUGUGCAUAGGACAGAGCCAAUAAACGUGCUCGGAUUUAUUAAACUUUUCGACUAAGCGACACUCAAAUUGAAAUUGAAACGAUCUCAAGAUGUUUAUAACUAUGGAUAAUACCAAUGCCUUCUUCUCAGAUAAUCCGUCAUAUUUUUACAAUGACACCAAAUCGCCGCGCACGCCGGACUCGCAGUCAUCGGGCAAGGUGUUCUCGAUGUUUAAGCGUCGCAACUCGAAGGGCAGCAGCCCCUGUCCGCCCGCACGCAACUCGGAGCAGCUGCAUCUUAUGACAUCCGCCAAUCUUGAUUCGGCAGCCACCAAGGCCUUUGGCAGUCCGCGCGGCAGCUUCAACUCGCUGGGCGGCUUCUCUCAACAAUCGUUUGAACUGCAGCCGCUGAUGUAUCGCCAGCGUUCGCCAUAUUCGCACUCCGAGUCAUUCCGCGAACGUCUUGGCUCCUGCAAUGAAACACACAGUUCGCUUUGCCCUGGAGGAGGAGGAGGAGGCGGCGCCGAGCACGACGAGGUCUUCAAUGCAAGCAAAUCGCAACGUCAUCAUACUCUGCCCAGUGGCGGCGGCAAUGUGCGUCGUCACUCGUUUGGCAACUGGGCGCAGCAGCGACAGCAGCUCAACACACAAUCCACAUCGCCAUCGAUGGGCCCUGGCUCACCGGAUGAGGUGCCCAGCAUGUUAGCUCCACGCCCGCCCAUGCUCUCCCCCAGCAAAUUUCGCAGCAUGUCGUAUCGUAGAAAAGACAACUGUGGCAACGUGAACAACGCCAGCAACAUUAGUGGAGCAACAGCAGCAACUGGGGGCUACGGCUACGGUCAGCCGGGCUACAACAUGGACGACAUACUGAUCAUCACUGCCAAGCACAGUGAGCGCGCCUAUCUGCGUGCCACAUUUCUCAAAAAUCACUUCGACAAGAUUACCAAGCAACGCGGACGUAAACCAUUCAAUUUUCUGCACAUAAAAAUUGACGAUGGCCCCUUUAGUGAGGAGAUUGCUCAGAAAUAUCAAAACACAGCGCUGCAGAUUGUCAUACUCUGCCCCGCGCUGCUGGCGCUGCCGCACAGCUUCCUGAUGACGCAGCUGAGCUCGAUUAUACGCGUGGAGAAGGUGCUGGCCAUACUGCUGGACGUGGGCGAGGAUAAGGUCAAGGAGAUGCACAAGGCGGCGUUGCCGAGCUACUACAAGUGGCGCCGCUGCGUGGUGCGCGACAAUGACCAGGCGCAGAUCAGCAAUAUACUGGGCAUUGCCACCGAUAUACUUGGACGCGCGCUGUGCCAGCGUCCGCCUUGUCUGGACAGCAGCAGCUGCGGCGGCGGCGGCGGAUUAUCGCGCAGCUUCUCCAGCUGCUCGGAGGGAUUCACUGUGCAGCCGAAGAAAGUGAAGCAGGGUCAGAAUAAAGUGCUGGCCAUACUGGCGGAGCCGCUGCAGCCCAGCGACAGCAUCAAGCUGCUGGUGGAAAAGUCGGGCGAGCUGCUCGAGAUACGCAACUUCAAGUGCCGCAAUCCGUAUACGCUGCAGUUCGCCAUACCGGACAGCUGCAUGGAGAUCUCGACGAUGAUUGAGGUGCGCAUUGAGAAGAACAACAAGAGUCUGGGCGCCAGACCGGUCAAGUGCGAGAGCCGGCUGCGGGAGCUGGAGCAGCUGCUGCGCAUCGAGGACUCGCCCAUUGAGUUCAUGUGCCAUGCUUUGGGUGUGGGUGCACUGGAGCGCGAUGCAUUGGAUCAGCAUUUGCUGCAGUGUUUCCAGCGCAACAUGCCGCCCAAUUUCCAUUUGCUCAACGGACCCGCCGAGCGCCAGCCGCACUUCUUUACGCGCCUGGAGUCCAGCCCAGAGGAGUAUCCCACGCUGCUGCACUUUGCCGCACGCUGGGGACUCAAUCGUCUGUGCCUGCAGCUCAUGGAGUGUCCGGGAGGCGACACCGCCUGCGGCGUGCGCAACUGCGCUGGACGCACGCCCGCCGAGCUGGCCGAGCAGGAGGGUCAUCACAAGCUGGCGCAGAACAUUGUCAGCUUCUCGGAGUUCCACAAUCUCACCAUGGUCUAUCACUACUUCAAGGGCGUGGACAAUGCCACCAGCGGCGCCAGCAGUCCGGGCGCGCAAACCAAAACGGGAGCUCAAGUGGUGAUUGCUGCCGCCUCGCCCCGCAGCCAGAAGCCGGCCAAGCAGCUGCCCAGCAGCGAGUACAUGGAAAUGUCCAGCGGCUCGGAGCGCGAGAAUACGCCCGAGGUGCGCAGCAAGACGGAGACGCUGGCCGUAUCGAAUCUCAACUACAUAAGCGUCGAGACUGAGGACGAGAAUCUGCAGAGCUGCGCCACCGAGAAGCAUCUGGAGUCCAGCAAGGUCAUAGCGCCAGGUCCGGAGCAGACCACAAACGAAUUGCGCAUCAACGAACCGCCGUAUUAUCAAUCCCAAGCCAAAGAGCAGAGCACAGCACAAGGAGCGGAUGUGGUCGAUGGCCAGGUGACGGACAAGUUCAGUCAGGAGUGCUCGCAGCUGCUGGAGAAUCAGCUGGGCAACGACUAUGUGCUGCAGCCCUCGAACAUACCCGUGCCCGCUGCUGUCGUUGCUGACGAUGGCAACUAUUUGUUCCAGCCCUCGAAUCGUCCCGUGGAGGAGCCACUGCGUCUGAGUCGCUCCACAACGCGGCUGACACCAGCGCCCAGCGCCAGCUAUGGCACGCUGAAGCGCAGCGCCAGUGACGCCUCCAGCAGCACACGCGCCAACGCCGACGACGAGCUGGCCGAGAUUAUGCACGACUUCAAGAACAAUGUGCUGUCCAUACGCGACGUCGAGCUGCUGGUGGAGAAGUGGAAGCAUCGCAACGAUGUGCAGCAGAGCUACCGCGAGAAGCAGGACCAGAUCGACCAGCUGCGUCGCGAGUACGAGCGCAUCCAUGAUCAUGUCAAGCUGCAGCUGAAGCGCGAGACGCCCUUCGAGCGCAUCAAGAAGCUUUUCUCGCGCGGCGCCAAGCAGAGCAGCAACAGCUGUGCGGACAGUCUGCUGGACGAAACGAAGAGCUCGAUUGCCACCAGCUGCAGCCUGAAGUCGGGCGCACGCCCAAUUAGUUCGCUGAGCCUGCAGAGCGUCUCCAGCUCGAACAGCAGCUCGGGUCGCUUGAGCACGGGCAGCAACUGCAGCGGCGCUUCUAUGGGCGAUUCGGGCACACACUCGGAUCAUGAGGAGCGUCGUCAGUUUGGCUGUCGCCUGGGCAAUGCCGGUUCGCUUAUGGACAACUAUUUGGUGCCGCCGCCGCCCAGGCCAGUGUUCACCCCCGUGUCCACGCCCGGCGAUGAGCGUCAUCAGAUUGUGUUUCCCUCGCCCAUGUCCAGCUGCCAGCGUCUGCAUACGCCCACCAGUCCCACCGGCUCGGAGCACUACCAGAUGUUCCCCUCCAACAUACCCGUCUAUGGCACUGGCAGCCAGCCGCUGUCCAGCUCGCAGAGCAGCAACUAUCUGAACACCAUCAUGGAGGCCAAGGAGCAGGAUACGCAGCAUUACCAAAACGGCGUCACCUUGCAGCCCAUCAAGCUGAACGAGCGACCCAACAUUAUCUACGGCAAGCUAACCAAGAGCCACUCCAGCGGCGCCUGCAGCUCCUUCAAGCCCAAGCAGCUGGCCCAGGCGGUGCCCUGUCCGCAGGUGGGCAGCAUUGAAGUCCAAGCUGAGGUCUAUCAGAAUGUGGAGGCCGAGCCCAAGUCGCCCAGCACGGAGGCCAACUAUAUGAACUGCUAGAAGCUCAUUAAUUAUUAUUUAUAAGUUUAAUUAUUAACACGAAUGAGUAUAAACUAGUUAAGCGAGCGAGCAAGCUACAUUUAAUUUCACUUUUAAUUUUAAUUCGUAUUUUUAAUUUGUAAAUUUCCUUGAAAUGUUUGCAAGCAACCAAAACCCAACACAUAUCAUUAAUUUUAAGCUCGCACACAUGCAACGAAUUCAAUUUCGACGUUCAACGCGAGUACAUUUAAUUUUAAUUGUCUUAUGCUAAGCUGCGUAAUUUUAAACUUUUCUCUUUGUAUUGUUUCUAAGCUGAGCUGAACAUGAAAAACACUUUUCUGGCACGAAAGUUAAAUGCAAUAAAUUUAAAUACGUUUUUUUCUUCUGCUAUAUAAAA